AUGGCCCAAUCAAGUGAACAAUUUUCAACUCAGGAGAAACUUGUGGCUGACCAACAAUGCAGAAUUCGUGAUGGACCUAGAAAAGAGGCACCCAGCCACAGCAUCUGCAUGGAAAGUAUCGAUUUCCAGGUGGACAUCCUUAAACAAUUGAGCGGUAACUUUAAAUCUGGAAGACUCUGUGCCAUUGUAGGGCCAUCUGGAGCAGGGAAAACAUCUUUACUGAAUAUCUUAUCGGGAUUUAAAAAACCUUCUGGAGAUAGCACUUUGGUUACUCAUAUAGUCAAACUACUUGGUUUAGAAAAAUGCGUAAACAACUACGUUGAGAAACUAUCAGGAGGUGAGAAGAAACGCGUAUCAAUUGGCGAAGAACUUAUAACAAAUCCUCCAAUUAUGAUUUUCGACGAGCCUACAAGCGGCCUUGAUAGUGUCUCAACCGUUCAAGUUGUCACUCACUUAAAGGAUUUGGCGCAUUCAGGACGAACAGUUAUAUGUGUUAUUCAUCAACUGUCUUCGUACGUGUUGCAACUCUUUGAUGACGUCUUUUUACUUUCCGAGGGUCAGUGUUUGUACAACGGACCCGUAGGGGAUAUCGUUUCAACAUUCGAAGAAGCCGGAUUUGCUUGUCCUCACUACUACAAUCGUGCUGAUUUUAUACUAGAAGUCGCGAGUAAGCAACGCAAUGGCAAUUUAGACCUAUUAAUCUCUAAAGCUAGGGAGAGGCGUAGUUCAGUUUAUGAAUAUGGAAUAGGUCAACAAGGAGGAUCAGCCAAUGACAACAAAAAGAAUGUUCCAGUUAAUAAGAACUUCGCCUACCCUUAUCCCAUAUCCCAAUGGAAGCAGUUCUAUAUCUUACUCGGAAGGGCUUUUUUAUGCAACAGGAGAGAGUUUAUUGUUACUCAGUUAAAAAUAGUAAUUCAUUUAUUUUCGGGAAUCCUAUUUGGUUUUGCAUUUUACAAUAUCGGGAACGAUGGGAGCAGAGUUAUGGCAAACAUCUCACUUUUAUUCAUCCUUAUAUUACUGACAUUCUUCGGCAAUUCUCUACCUAUAAUACUGCUAUAUCCUUCGGAAUCGAAUAUUUUUCAAAGAGAAUACUUGAACAACCGAUAUGCCUUCUUUCCAUACUUCUUCUCAAAGAUUGUUGCAGACCUACCAACUCUGACGAUAUGUACAUUUGCAACACUUAUUCCAGCGUACUUCAUAUCCGGCCAACCAAAUGAGAUCAACAGAAUAUUACUGAUCUCUUUAAUAUUCUUUCUCUUGAGCCUAAAUUCGCUAUUUUACGGUUUUGCUGUUGGUUCAAUAUUCAAUGUUCAGAUGGGAAUAUUCAUCUUGCCAGCUACAUCUAUGCCGAUGUUAAUAUUCUGUGGAUUCUUCGUACGCUACAAUGAAUUACCAUCGAUCAUGAGACCGUUAUCCUACAUUCCGUUCUUUAGAUAUCUCUACGAAGGAUCCUUUCAGGCCCUCUAUGGAUUCGGUCGCGAAGACCUCACAUGCGACAAUGACCAUUGCUACUUGAAUUCCAUUGAUAAACUUCUAGAAGAGAUGGACAUGGUUAAGAAUAACUACAAGGAUCCACCGGACUUCCGGGAUUUUAGGGACUCCAAGAUUUUCAGUAUUCUUGGGUUUUCAGGAUUCAGGAAUAUUCGGAAUCCUGGGAUUUUAGGAGCCCCGAGAUUUUUGGAAUCCUGGAUUUAG